CCCCCCCCCGCGCGAGCCGGGGAAAACGUUGCGCAGGUUCUAAAGCGGGGCGGGGGGAGGGGAGGGGGCGCGGCCGCGCGCGAGGGGGCGUGUGAGGGGGAGCGGUGGGUAACGGCCGCCAGCGGGCAACGGCCGCCGCCACCGGGCCAGCCGCGACCGCCGCCGCCGCGGGAGGCAGCCCCCGCCCGCGCCCUCCGCCGUGCGACAGCCGGCUCCGCCGGUGUCCGGCGCCAGCGCCGCUGCCCCGCCCGCCGCAUGGAGCUGUCGGCCAUCGGGGAGCAGGUGUUCGCGGUGGAGAGCAUCCGCAAGAAGCGCGUGCGGAAGGGUAAAGUAGAAUACCUGGUGAAAUGGAAAGGAUGGCCCCCAAAAUACAGCACAUGGGAGCCAGAGGAUCAUAUCUUGGACCCUCGCCUGGUAGUGGCUUACGAAGAAAAGGAAGAGCGAGACCGUGCAUCAGGGUACAGGAAAAGAGGCCCCAAACCAAAGCGCCUCCUACUGCAGCGACUCUAUGGCAUGGACUUGAGGAGUGCCCACAAGGGAAAGGAGAAGCUCUGUUUCUCUCUUGCACGGAGGUUUGGAGGAGGAGACAGUAGCAUGCCAGGGGCCAAGCCAGGGCAGGCAGAGUUCUCAGAGAAGACUGGGGGAACGGUCCUGCCAUUCUCUCUCCGGAAGCAACGCAAAAACCAGAAGUACCUGCGACUGUCAAGGAAGAAGUUCCCCCGCAUGGCAAGCCUGGAAAGCCGAAACUGCAGGCAUGAGUUCUUCCUGAAUGAUGCAGUGGGCCUAGAGGCCAGGCAGGGCCCUGAGGACUGGGAGGCCAUGCAGCACACCAGCAAGGAAGCAGAUGUGGAUGGCAGUCUCCCUUGGAUUCCCACUGUGCCCCCCAGCGAAGUGACAGUGACAGACAUCACAGCAAACUCCAUUACCGUCACUUUCAGAGAAGCACAAGUGGCUGAGGGCUUCUUCCGAGACCGGAGCGUGCAGUUCUGAAUCUCCAUUUUCAGUGCUCCCCAAAACCAGUGCUUUUAGGGUGGGGCUAGGGAAGGGUUGUUUUAUCCCUUAAGAAAAAAAAAAAUAUCCAAAAUGUGUCCUCUUAAAAUGUUUACAGAUACCUUUUUUUUUUUUAAAAAAAAAACAACGAACCAACCAACCACCAACCACCCUCUCUCUUUUCUCCUUUUUCCCCUUUCAGAUACGCAAAAAAGGGCAGUGUAGGGGGUGUGUGUUUGUCAUUGCUUUGUCCAUCUGAAAAACUGACAGCCCUUUCCCUGGCAAAGACUCCCCUCCUAGAUGUGAAAGCAGCAAGCUGAACAAUUUGCCUUUUAUCCUGUUAAGUGGUGGCAGCUGCAUUUGUGGGGAGAGGGCAUGUGAAGGUGGAAAGAGAGCUGGGUCUCUAGUCCGCUGCCUUGUUUUGCAAUUGAUAUCCCUUGGAUAAAGAUACUUCUCUGUGCAUUGCUCUUCCUACCUUCCUCCUCCCUCUCUUCCUGCAGCAGUGAGAGGCAAUGGAUCCUACCUGUGUAGAUAACUCCAGUCUUAACAGACUUCCUCUCCAGUGCUGUUUCCCCUGUGGCCUGCUGUCAGGACUUCAGAUCCAUGUUUGCCUGUCUGUGGUAAGUCAGUCUUUGCAGCGUGGGUCCAUAUAGACAGCAGAGGUUUCUCCGUUUGAUAGUUGAUCAUGUGGAAAGACUGAAAUGCGUCUCUGAAAUCUAGAUUGGCAACAUAAAUUCAAUUUGCACUCACUAAAAGCUCAGAAACCCAGUGCAGACAUACUGUUCUGUAUAUGCUGAAGAGGAUUUCCGGGCUUGGCUCUGCUGUGUGAGGAAUGCAUUAUGGGGAGUGGGGUAUUUUUACCCUUUGCCAAAUUCAGUAUUAAUAACAAAUGCUACCCUGAAUCUGUGGUAAUAAGUUGGUUGAAAACCGGCUCCUCUCCCCUGGGAGGAGGGGCCAGUAGGACAACUAAAGCAUUGCCUGGCACUGCAAAGAUAUCCAAGAUACUGGCACAGGCCCAGGACACAGGAAUUGGAGAGAGCUGAGCUAGAAACGGACCUUGAUUAGCAGCAAAUUCUGUUCUUGGAUCCCAUUGAGAGAUCCAAGGUAAACAACAUGGGGGGAAGGCGUGUAUUAGAUUUGAGGAAGGGGUUAAAAAAAAAAAGUCUUAAUUCUUAGCAAUGAGAAUUCUUGGAUUGUACUGCCUGAGUAAUAUUCUUCUGUGACUCUGGUCUCCUCACAGUAUCUGUGAUCCUGUACUACUUUACUGAUAGGAACUUCCCCUUGGAAGGCUUAAAAAAAUCUUUGCCAAGGAAAGCGGUCUGCGUUUCAAUAGACCCUGCCUGAUCUUGCACUUAAAAAUGCCUUGUGCUGGACUGCCUGUGACACUUUAAGGUUUUUGAAAAAUUGAUGUAUUUUGAGUUAGUAGUUUAGCAUAGCAUCUGUUCUUGCACAUGCAUGUUCUCUUCCAUUUUUUUAAAAGCAAAUUUUAUUUAACUUAAAAUUUAAAAUACAGACCUUUUCCUACGGAAAGCAAGAAAAGUAAGUUAGAGUCUAAAGUGGGAACUGCGGGACAGAGUGCUGCAGGGUAACAUUGGCUACUGUCAUGAUUACUGUUCUUAAAUCCUUUGUUUCCUCUGCCCACCCCACCUGAAGCAUCUCUUACCUGCUGUAUUUAUUCUACAAGCCUUCUGAGCUCUAAAGUAAAGACCCUGUGGAAAUCCUCAAUGUGUUCCUUUGAAGGGCUUGGCUGCUAGCCUGCAGAAUUUGGGAGCUCUGGGACUUCUGGUCCUCCAAACAUCUACCUUUUGCGAAAUGCUUGGACUGCCCCUGUGGUUUUUAUUAAAAGAAGGUUUUACCUCAAGAUAGGAUGUGGCGGCUCAGUAUAGACUUAGGAUUUCCCCUUCCAUCUCAGAGCUGUUUGAGUAGGCCUAUCUUCCACUGUGUCACAGCAGUGUAAGGACCACUGGGAAGAUCUUGAAUUACUGGACUAACCUUUUGUCUCUCAAGGUAAGUGACAUGGGAGUUUCAUUAUGGGGAAAUCUGAGAGGGUGAGAAGUGGAAGCUGGGGGAUGGAGAAGUUAUGUGGUGGGAGGAAGAGUGAGUGGGAAAGCAAUAGCUAGCAAGGGCAAAUUGAUGAGGUAAGCAUACAGGCUCAGGAUGUUUGUUAAACGUGGGUGUCCAGAGCGAGGCUUCUGUGUCUGGAGCUGCACCCUCUUUUGCAGGAUGUGGGGUCAGACAGUAUUGUCAUCGUCACCCCACACACACCCCCACACACUUACUCUCCCCAACACUUGCCAAAUGUGCUGAUUACCUGCAUCUCUUUCUUGUUGUGACCAGCAGACACACCACAUGGCUGAGUCCACUCUUGAAGGUUGUAGAGGGUCAAGUAGUUAUAGCUGCAGAAGCAUAAUAUUUUAGCUUAUUUUAUAAAAUAAGUCUUGAACUCCAGCUCUUCCUGCUAAAUCUUCGUGGCGUUUAUGGGAUCUGGUUUCUUUAUUCUAAUGCAGCUACUGCUGCUUUUGUCCUGUCUUCCAUCUCAGUGUACAAAUACACCAGAAAAGCUUCCUAAGGUUCCUGGCUUUGGCUGACAUUGGAAGCAAUACCAAUCCUGCGGCAGGAAAGAUCUUGUCCUAAUAAACUGGAUUUCCAUCCUCUGCUUUUCUCUCCACUCAUCAGCUGAGACUUCUCAAUGUUUUGUUUUGGCAUUUCUCUUUAAACAUCUUUGCUUCCUCCUGCAGUGGAGUUUUCAAAGACCUGUGGUGGUCUUUCAAAGAGGGUCCACCCACAGCUUCAUAUCUUAAUCACUUCUUGGAUCAGGCUUGCUUGUGUUCUGCUGGUGACUAAUCUCACUACACAAAGUGUUGAACAAAGUACUUUGCUAUCAUGCUGCUUUGUGUACAGGUCAGAGGAGUUAACCCUUAUCAGGUUAAGAUGCAACAAGUUGCAUGUGUGUGGGUUUGGUUUGUGUGUGUGAGGAGGAGUUUGUGCUAGGAAACUAAGCAGUUACUGUGUUGGGGUGGACUUUUUUUUUAUUUUACAUUCAUGAAUUCUUUCUUGUCUUAAAGAUCUGUUUGAGAAGAUUUUUCUCUUGAUAUUUUAAAAAUCUGGCUCUGUUCCAUAUUGUCUGGUGACAUAUUGUUGUAAACUUCCUUGGUAGAGCUGGUCUUGAGGGACUUUAAAAUUAGUGUUAUUCCACUUCUGCAGGUGUAGACGUGUAGGGGUUUUUCAUUUGUGAUGGAAUGAGAGGUUGUCUGGGUUGUCUUGUCUCUUCUCCCCAGUGCUGUUCAUCUGCCAGUUCAGCCCAAAAUUUGAAAACUGAAUUGGGACCUCUUGGGCUAACAUACCAUGAAAAUCAGAUGCUGUACUCAGAGCUUCGUUAAGCAUUCCGUUUGAUUAGAAGAGCCAGAAUAGCAUCCAGCUGAAGCUGAGUUUAAUAAUUCUAUUUGAAGCACAAGCUGAGAAUAGAAAUGGGCUAACUCUCCCAUACCUCGUUUGGCUCCAUGGCUGUAAACAAGAAAAACUUCAGCCAGUGGAAAUUACUGAACUGUAUGCAAGAAACAAACUUCUCGAAGAAGAACAGUUCUUUCUUACGGUCAUUCUUAGAACUCUUCCCAUGUGAGAAUUUACCAGCCACAAUCGGGGGAUGGAGGUUUGGAAUUUUUUAUUUCAUAGAUCUUCUAACAGUGAACUCGCUGUAUAUAUGACAGAACUGAGGGGUUUCAUGAGACUGGAAAACCUUUAUUGUUAACACUGUGUUUGAAACAAACAAAAAACCACCCCAGACCUGUGGAAAGGACUGUCUCUGUUCCUGGAUAGUUAUAAAUGAAAUGUUAUUGCUCUGAUACAUGUGAUGCCUUGGAACAGCAAGUUUUAACACAUAAAAUAGUGGCAUUAAGUAGCCUUGUAGCUCCUGCAUGCUCCUUAGUGUCUUGCAUUUGCUUGGGCACCCUUCUGCUUGUGAAGUCAGACCAAGGUGGGGUUUUUUUUGUGGAUUAUUUUUUUUUCUUUUUUAAGCAAGAACAGGAUAUUAUUGUGAGAAAACUCAAAAGCAGUUCCAUUUGCCAAAAUAAGCCCAAAUUUGUUAGUGAAUCGACCCUUGCUUAUGUUAGAGCCUCAGAGAGAAAGAAGCUUAUUGAGAAAUGAAUGGCUUUUUUUGUUGUUGUUAGUGUUGUGAAACUGUCCAGAAUUGUUCUUCUGUUGUUUUGUGACUGAAUGUAUAAAAUUGUUUGUUCACCUCACAGGGGGGCCCUUGGCCCCAGUACUGUUUCCUGCUGUACACCAGCUAGCGCUGUUUAAUUUUACUGGAACAGAGAAGGGAGGCCUCACACAGGUCAAAAAAAUAGGCAGGGUAGCUCGUGCAAGACCCUCGGUGGUACCCACAACAGAGGCUGGGGUGUGGAAGACAGCAGCGAGGGCUGUCAGCCAGCCACAUCUAUCUGAGCAAAGCUAAAUCUGCCACCACCUCUCCACGCCUUCCUCUCCUCUCAAGCUUUAAGCUUGUCCUUUGUGAAGUAGGGAAAGUGUAAAAAUCUCAUUUUCUAAAGCUAGUUGGUAUCUACCCAUCUUCUGUUCCUCCCUUGCUUACCUGUGGCCUAGGAAGAAGGCAGUGGGCCUUUCUAGGAAGAUAGUAGGGGCAGCUGCUUGUCCGGGAAGGGAGGGAAGGAGCUGCCUCAGAGUCGCUCUUGCUAGGCAGUUGAGGACAGGCCUUUGGGUGAGCUGGCAGCUGAGAGAGAAGGUAUGUUAGAAGUGCAAAGAACUUGUAGUGAAGCUGAUCCCUUGCAUCAGUGGGUGGAUGCCCCCUGGAGUUCUGAGUGGGCCCUAUGGAGAGGAGAUGGUCAGUGCUUCAUUUAUGUAUGUUUUACCAUUUGGGAAAGCAAGGGAGAUGUCUAUGUUAACAGCUUGCAUAGGGUAACUUCUACGUGGGAAUGUAUAGCAUUACCACAUACAGGUAAAGGGAGCAUGUUGCUUUUGCUGUGCUUGUUGUAAAAUUAUUUUCCCCAAGGGCAUCGUAAACUUGUUUUGAGACAAUAGCUUAUGAUCGAGAGACCAUGUUGUCCUAUGCCAGCUCAACUUAUCAUCCUCACAGAGAAACCAUGAACCUUCUGGGUGUCAAAUCACCUCAAUACCCCCAGAGCAGCUGGUGAAGAUGGGAGGGCCCACCAGACAUCCCCAGGACACUUGGAAGGAGAGAGAAGCAGUCACUUAAAAUUGAAUUCAGGCCUUUCAAAUCCUUUCCUGUAACAAGCAACUUCCCAGAGCGAUGACCCCUUUUUCUUUUCCACCUCUUUUUCCCUUGCACCCUUAAUUUCUCAGAGUAUGGUGGCUCAGCAGGGAGCAGGUGGCAGAUGAUCCCUAGUUAACUGGGAGUAGUAGCAGAGCUCAGUGGGAGAGCUUAAUGGCCAACAGGGUGGAGAUGGAUUGCUAUCGAGUCGGGACGGGAUGGAAGCUUUGCUGCUGUGAUUGUUUCCAUCUGUCAUGGGCUGCUCUGCAAAAAUGCUAGGGAAAAGGGAGAGCUCAUAAGGCUGUUUGGAACCUCCAUCGCAGCUUAUCUUGUUACUGGGGUACCAGAGUUUUGUCUGGGAGGGGGAUUUUGGAGGAGGGGGUGGAAAGCCUUUUUAAGUAUUAUUAUUUUUUAACCAGAAAAUGUAGUGUCAGCACAAAGAAGCUUUUUGCAAAUCUGUUUAAAUGUUAAGUAGCUUUUUUUGCUUUUAAAUCUGAAGUAUAUUUUGAAGCACUUUGGAAAUGCAAAGCACUAGGAGUGCUACAUACUCCUUACCGUCUGUCUAAAAGUGGCAUUUGAAAAGCAAAAGAUGUAUGUUUCAGGCCACUGGCUGCUCCUUAUCAUUUUUCCAGAGCUGCCACCCAACCCUUUGCCUCCCUCCCAUGGCAGAAAGGGGAGUGCGGUCCAGGGUGCCAACUAACACGAGGGCUCCCUGGACGGGGAGAGGAGACACACAAAGUCUUGCUCGUCUUCAGGGUGCAGGCUGGCUUCCUCCCUCCCCCACCUUUGUCGAAAGAAAGGGGAAAAUGAAGCUGAGUUUCGGUUUGAGCGGUCCUAGUCUGGAACUUUGCUUCUUCUGACUCUGGAGACAUCUUAUAGCGUUUUCUGUCUGAAAAAUUGCACCUUAUUAGCUUAGUUGAGGAACAGGAAGGUAUCUGUCCUUCUGCAGGGAGUGGGGAGAGGAAGGGAGGGUGAACCAGGAGCUGUCUUCAGUAGCUACUGGAUUUUUCCAGACGCCAUUUCCUCACCUCAUCACCAACAGAACGGCAACAAAAGACCUAAAAUCUCUUAGAUUAAGCUUUUGUUCUGUGCGUCUCAAGAACCUUUUGAGCAGGCUAAGAUGAGAGAAUCUUUUUCUCCCCCCUCACUUAGCCAGCUCUACAGCUGAGGGAACCCCAGGCCUCUGGCUGGGUUUUCAGCACCAACUCUUUCCCUCAUCGUACACACAUUGUUCGGGCUGUUUUGCACACUGAUUCACCUAAUGUGGUGUUCUUCCUUUCUGGUGGGGGGAGGUGGGAGAUGGGGUCAGUUAGUGGGGAGGGCCCCGGAUUAUUUCUGUUCUUGUCUCUUCAGUUGUUGCUGUUGCUCCUGUCAGCUCGCUAGAGUAUCUGAGUCUUUGCACACAGAAAGCUUCCUUUUGCACAGAAUGAGCUUCUAGCUUUUGUACAGACUAAUUGAAUGUAUUUGGGGAGGGGGGGAAAUAGGGAGUAAACCAAUUCCAAACAAACCAAUUGGAGUUUAAUGCCUUUUCUGAGCGAGUACGUGCUGUAAAAGGAGAUUGUAAUAGCAAAGGGAGGGCAGGCUCGAGUAUAAUUUGACACAAAGUGUGGUUUUAUUUUUGUACUGAUAUGGAUAAGAGACUGUACAGCAUCUAUUUAUUUAGAUGAUUUAUGUGGUAAAUGUUGCAAACAAAAUUAUUAAAAUAUUAAAUAUGAGAACUGACAUUUA